CAAACGAGAAACGAACAUGUCAGAGCCGUACGCGCUCGUGAAAUUUCCCGAUGAUGAGCCAAAUGAUCAGCCGGUGGCAGUGCCACAAAGCUUCGUUAAGGACUUCGAUCCAUCCAACUUUAAGCGUAAUAUGGUCGCCAAAGUGUUCUGGAGUCCUGUCGACGGAGAGACUCCCACCGACAUCAUGAGAGAGCAGGGGAGGGUCCUCGAUCUGACUGAAGUACUGGACUCAGAUGGCUCCAAUGAACCGCUAGCAGGUUACUACAGGGCCAUAGUCCUACAAAUAGCUGAGUCACGAAGAAAGUUGACGGAAUUAGGUGAUAAGAGGAUCAUUAUUCCGACAAAAAAAGCCUUUUUAAGAGGCCUUGAACUGAAAGCAGACAAAGGACCACCCAAGAAAAAGGUGAAAGGAACAACUAAAUCAUCCAAUCCUGGCUAUGUCUCGAAGGUAAUCUACAUAGUGCCAUUUAGAGUGCUAGUGCACACAUGCUUUUUUUGCUAUUUCGAGUGAAACAAGUUUAAAUUGUCAUAAUUACAGGGAGCAUUGUGGCAGAAAAAUAAUGUUAAACUGACAUAUUAGUACCUAAGCCGUAAAUUUCUCUCAUAGUUGACAAUUAUACAAAUUUUAUUAAAGCUACUAAAAACUUAAUUUUUUCAAGAAGUAUUUGCAUUUAGAGCUGUGGUAAGAUUUGUAUGGAUUUGGUAAACGAAACUUUUUGGACGAGGUGGGAAGUAUUGGUGCAGUGCAGUUCAUUGCAUCUCCCCCCCCCCC